GAGUAUUAAGAAGAAGGUCUUUGGAAGAGCUCCUCGGACCAAUGACAUCAUGGCGCAAGUGGAAGUAAAAUGGAGAAGUGCCCAUGUCGCCGUUGUGGAUCAGUGCCAUACGCCUGACUGACCAAUGUGGCUUCGACUCUGAUCUUCUGCUUGUUCGCUUGUGAUCUCAUGUCGCACUUGCUGUCCAUACUCAUCCCUAUUAAUUUGCGCCGGUUGAACGGAUUCAGAAGCAAUCAUGACGACUUCCAUGCAGCAUCCCGAAACCGUGCAGCCUAUAGUUCACCCCGAUGGAGGAGGGACAAGCCCUUCCAGGGACAGUCAUCUUCAAAUGAAUCGCACGGUCAACCCUCAUAUGUCUGUUGAGGAUUAUAGCCGCGUUAUGCUGGAGUACACACACAACCGGAUGGCAUCCUUCGCAGAUUUGGACGCCGACAACGGUUCCCCCGUCAGUCGCAGCAGCAGAAGCAGCGCAGGUAGCGGCAAGAGCGACGACUCGGCGGGCGAUAUGCUUCGUCGAGGCCCUGCACCCACCUCUGCAGGUGUCUCCCACCAUGACUUCGGCGAGCGAGGUGGACGUAAAACCACCAGAGAUGAUGAGAAAAAACGAUCCAUCUAAAUGGACCACUCCCCGAGGUGCAAGAGGGGGGUGUCUGAACGUGACACUGGUGUCUCGUUACCUUGACAAAAAGGCACUGCGUGUCUUGCCGACGAGUUGACGAUAUGAUAUACAAGAUUUUGGCGAUUUGGG